AUGCUGUACCGUGCCACCGCCGCCCGCUCCGCCUUCCGGGCUGUCUCGAGCUCCAAUGCUUCCGUGACUCGCUCUAUCCUGGGCAACCCCAUCUUCAAGGCCCAGCUGACCUCGUCCGCCCGCGCCGUCCGCCCGGCCGUCAAGCCUAGCUUCGCGCUCGCCGCUCACAAGCCCGUCACCACUGCUCUGGUCCGCUAUGCGUCUUCCUCCGCCAAGGAUGGUGAGGAUGUCGACAUGAUGGCCGGUAUGAAGUCUGAGGCUAAAGUCAUCCAGGACACCUUCAGCCUGAAGGACGUCCCCAAGGAGGCUCUCGCUCUCGGUAUGGCUGGUGUCAUUCCCUACCUGGCCACCUCUCUCGAGACCGUCUACCUCUCCUACGAGAUCAACCGCGCCGCCGCUCUCGGUGACGGCCUGAUCUUCUCCGGCCAGAGCGCCGAGCUGAUGCUGCACAUGCUGGAGCCUAUCCAGGUUGGCUGGGGUGCCGUCAUCCUCUCCUUCCUCGGUGCCGUCCACUGGGGUCUUGAGUGGGCUGGUUACGGCGGCAAGUUCGGCUACCGCCGCUACGCUGCCGGUAUCAUUGCUCCGGCCGUCGCCUGGCCCACUCUGCUGCUCCCCGUGGAGUACGCCUUGAUCAGCCAGUUCCUGGCCUUCACCUUCCUUUACUACAACGAUGCUCGCGCUGCCGCUGCUGGUCGUGCCCCCCACUGGUACGGCAUGUACCGCUUCGUCCUGACCUUCGUCGUCGGUGCUAGCAUCGUCGCCACCCUGAUCGGUCGUGAGCAGAUCCAGCAGACCAUUGUCUCUGAGCACACCAUCAAGGACAAGAUCAACGCCCUGAUCUUCCUCCAGAAGAAGGAGAAGGAGGAGGCUGAGGCUCGCAAGAAGGCCGAGCUGGGUCAGGAUGAGGAGUAA